AUGUCUUCUCGUAUCUAUAAUCAUUAUGAAAUCGACGCCCGUUUAUCUAAUCUACUUGAAAAGUUUCUUGAACAAGAAUUUGAUGAGACUGAUUACAGCUGUCACGAAGAUUAUUCCUCGUUAUCCGAUAACUCCUCGAACUGCAAUUAUAAUUCUCAUUUUUCCAUUAAUGAAUAUUCACCAUCUUCAAAUAUUGAUCUCUGUAAUAUCUUUUAUGAAGAUUCAAAUGUUGAGAGUGAAGACUUGGACUCUGAUUAUAAAUACGCGUCAACCGUGAAAGAAAAUUCAGAAGAGAGUGAUGAUAAUUAUGACAGUUCAACUGAGAGAGAUGAAGAUGAGGAAUCUAACAAAUGUUCUUCAAGGGAAAAAGAUGUGCCAGAAGAUUUACGUGAUUUACUUCGAUUUUAUAAUGAUUUGGAUGAUGGAGACGAUGUCGAAGUUGAUAGACAAUUUGAAGAUAUCGAAAACGACAAUGAGAGUGAAUGUAUCUUUAUGCUUAACUGUGAUAUUCAUCCGCUAACCAGUGAUAAAGAGGAUAAUAUUUUGAGAAAUGAUAUAAAGAAAUGUAAAACUGGAGCUAUUAGAAAUAAAAAAUAUCGAGUUCAUCAAUAUCUUAAACCCUGGACGACCUCUUAUUGUUGA